AUGCCGUCCAAGCCUGCCCCGAUGAAGAAGGCGGCUAAGAAAGAGCCAGCCAAGAAGGAGGCUGCUCCUGAGCCCGCUCCGGUCGAGCCCGUCCCGGUGGAGGCCGCUCCAGCCCCCGCUGAGGUUGAGGCUGCACCUGCUGCUCCACCGGCCGAGGAGCCCAAAGCCCCCACACCUCCACCCGCAGAUGGUAAUGCCAUGAAGGAAACAGCAGCAGCUGUUGAGGCCCCUGCUGAUGCUGAAGCUGCUGAAGCGCCUGCACCAAAGGAGCCUAAACCACCCACACCUCCACCCCCAGGUAAACCCACAAGUGUCCCACUGGAUCUGUUCGUCGAGGAUAAGAAUGACACUUCGGUUACUAUCAUUUGGAGCCAGCCGGAAGUCGUCGGAGACUCCGGUCUGGACGGCUACACCAUUGAAGUCUGCAAGGAUGGAACCGAGGACUGGAAAGCAGUUAACGAGGAUCUGCAGAAGUCCUGCCGCUACGUUAUCAAGAACCAGACCACCGGCGACCGUCUGAAGAUCCGCGUGGUGGCCCUGAACGCCGGCGGCCGCAGCCUGCCCGUGGCCCUCCCCGAGGCCGUCCUGGUGAAGGAGGUCGCUGAUCGUCCCAAGGUCCGCCUGCCACGUUUCCUCCGCCAGAGAUACGUCGCUCACGUUGGGGAUAAGAUCAACCUGACCAUCCCCUUCUCAGGCAAACCCAAACCUGUGGUCACCUGGCUAAAGAACGGACAGCCACUGGACACAAAGAGGGUGAACAUCCGCAGCAGCGAAAGAGACAGCAUCCUGUUCAUCCGCACGGCCGAGAGAGACGACUCUGGAGUGUAUGAGAUGUGUGUGAAGGUGGAGGACUUCGACGACAAGGCUUCGCUCAUCCUGCAAAUUGUUGAGCUGUCAGGGCCUCCCGCCAGUGUGAAGAUUGUGGAUACCUGGGGCUUCAAUGUUGCUCUGGAAUGGACUCCACCCAAGGACAACGGCAACACAGAGAUCACAGGUUACGCAGUCCAGAAGGCCGACAAAAAGACUGGAGACUGGUUCACUGUGCUGGACCAUUACCACAGACUGAACGCCACCAUCUCUGACCUCAUCAUGGGCAACACCUACAAGUUCAGAGUGUUCUCUGAAAACAAGUGUGGAAUGAGCGAGUCGGCUACUGUUGCAAAGGAGGAGGCCAACAUCUUGAAGACAGGUAUCGACUACAAGCCUCCAGAGUACAAGGAACGCGACUACACCGAGGCGCCCAAGUUCACCACCAAUCUUAAUGACAGAGCCACCACCGUCGGCUACAGCACCAAGCUGCUGUGCUCCGUCAGGGGAUGCCCAAAACCCAAGGUCAUAUGGAUGAAGAACCAGAUGAUCAUCGGAGACGACCCCAAGUACAGGCAGAUCUGCGUCCAGGGUAUCUGCUCUCUGGAGAUCCGUAAGCCUGGUAACUUUGACGGAGGUGUGUACUCCUGCAAAGCCAAGAACAGUCACGGAGAGGCAACUGUCAGCUGCAAGUUGGAGGUCAAACAGCCUGCGGUGCCUGCAGAUGCAGAGAAGAAAUAAGUCAACAUUCACAUCCUCACAGGAGCAGAAGGAAUGAGGCCUUUAAAGCAGAAGGAAGGUGCUGGAUUCCUGGAAGAACAUGUAUAUAUGGCUGGUGACCACACUACCAAAGGGUUGUUGCCUGUGACCUCUUGCCGAGUGUUACCCUGUGUUAUGAUGAACAAUUGUAGUCGCUUUGUGCCUUUAUCGUUCACUAAAUUAUUAAGUCCAUAUCCAUGUCCACAAUCAGCCCUUUCCCCAACGAUACUGUCUACGCUAACUCAAUUAU